UCAAUUCCUCUGAUCCUUGACAAAGACUUCCUUCUACAAAUUCUUUUCUCGACGGAGUGCUGUUAUUGUGUAUCGUUUUCGUUACCAAUUACGGUUGUUAAUUAUGUACUGGAAAUGUGCUGUCUUGAUCGUAGUCGUGGUGGCUCGGAAUUCCCAAGCUUUCACGAUUCCGACGCCUUUGUCUAUCACAACAGUGGGCACCGCGCCGAGUGCUAGGAGCGAUCAACGCUAUUCGUUUUUCGCCACCGAACGCGAUGAAUACGACGACUUCUACAACGAUUUUGAUCCUAGUGCGGACUACACCGACGGUCGUCGCUACGCACAAGAUGCGUACAGUGAUCGCGGCCGACGUGGAGGAGCUGAUGGUUUCUCUGCGGCUGGCAGUCAUGACUAUGAACGUGAUACGUCAAGGGACAGCUCCAGCGUUGAUCUGGAAACCGUAAACUCUCUCAUCGCGGCGCGCUUGCAAGCCCGGAAAACGGGACAAUUUGAAGAAGCGGACGGUAUCCGUGACGACUUGUUGAAAAUCCAUGGUGUGUCCGUGUGGGACCGUGAAAAAACGUGGCGCAGUGGAUGUAGCGAGAGUGGAUCGGGGAUGCGACGAUCUGGUGGCCGAGAACAGAGUUCUGGUCGCGGGGAUCGUGGAGGUCGACGAACCCGUGAGCCCAAGGAUUUUGGUCCACUCGGGCACGACUACACGGCGUCGUCCGAUGCCGGUCCCGUGUCUUCAGCCAUCACUGAAGACGAGAUACACGCUCUUUUGGCGGAGCGACUACAGUACAAAAUGUCUCGACAAUUCCAGGACGCCGAUCGAGUGCAAGAACAGCUCUUGUCCAACGGUGUGUACGUCCACGACGCUCGUAAAGAAUGGCGGGCUGACGGUGUCAUGUUUGGUGAUUACGCGAACGAAGGGGGCAAACCGAGCCGUGAACGAGGCUCGCGCAGCGACCGCAAUCGCCCAUACGCCCAAUCGGAAUACUCUGAUGGCGAAGUUCUGACGUCGGAGCAGCUGCAAAGUAUUGAAAAUCUGCUUUCCCGUCGUUCCGGAGCUAAACAGACCCGUAACUAUCGUGUGGCUGACGACAUUCGUGACGAAUUGAAAAAUGAUUUUAAUGUGUUUAUUGAAGACCGUCUUCGUCAGUGGUCUGUCGGAGGAGAUUUUGGUCCUGAUCAGCCUGGAUUCGACGAUAUGAAUCGCUCAUACACAAUAUCUGCACAUUCGCAGCCUGUUACGCCGGCGGAUGAGGCCUUGAUUAUUACCGAGUUGGAAAAGCGGUCCGAAGCCAAGAAAUCUCGUGACUUUGAGACUGCCGACGCCAUUCGAGAUAACUUAAUGGACAACUUCAAUGUUGCUGUCAACGAUCGCUUACGAGAAUGGUCAAUUGGUGGAGAAUUUGGGCUACCAUCAAAAAGCAAUGAUAAGAAUCGCCCUUUUGCUCGUCGUGGUGGCGGUGACUUAUCCGACGAAGAAGUGGCAAUCGUGACUUCCCUGGUUGAGGAGCGUGAUCAGGCAAAGGGUAAGCGUGAUUUUGCGACUGCCGACGAAAUUAGAGACGAGCUGGAAGCUCGCUUUUCUGUCAAAGUAGAUGAUCGUUCACGAGAAUGGCGAGUCAUGUCGGAUGACUACGUCUUUUCACCUCUGGCGGGCGGGGAUCAUGGAUUUGACGAGGACACGAUUGUCUACAUUCAAAAGCAACUUGCAUUGCGGCUAGUGCACAAGACAAAUAGAGACUACGAGGCAGCGGAUGAAGUCCGCGAUGAGCUCAGAGACAACUUUUCAAUUUCAAUUGAUGAUCGCACCCGUGAAUGGUCCAUUAACGUCGACGAAUACUCUGUUGUAGUCGACCGGCCAUCUCAGAGGAUCCCUGUGCAGCACAAACAGGAAAAUGGAUAUGGUGCUUUGGAGGACAGCGAAAUCGAGGACGAAGUUCUGUUGUCAGCGAUGGACGACUUUUUCAAUGAAGGCGCCAUUGCGGAUGAAGGGGAGUCGCAAUCCAGCUCUGAAUCGGUAUUAGUGACAGGGGGCAACCUAGAGUCUCUAACAGUGGCUGAGUUGAAAGGAAAACUAAAGGAGGCCGGCUUGCCCGUUAGUGGACGCAAGGCAGAGCUGAUUGAAAGACUUUCUACUGCAUAGGGUGGGAAAGUGGAAAUGAGAUUGGCCUGUAAUUUGCGGUUAGUCAAUCUCGCAAAUGGAUAAGGUAGAUUGUAAUAAUCUACAGUAUGGAACUUUCAGAAGCC